AUGUUUUAAGGACUAAUGAAUAGAGAUCAAUGUAAACAAUUAGCUUAAAAAAUCAUGAAACUUUAUGAUCAGGAUUAAAAUGAUUUAAUGGAAGUAAAAGAUGCUGGAAAUUUAUAAUCUGAUUGCUAUAAAUAUAUCAAUAUUGAUUUUAUUCCUUCUCAAAAUGAUGUUAAAGGAUAUGCUAAAAUUUUUGAUAGUAAAUAAGGUUAUUUAAUAUGAUAGAAGAUGGAAAAGGAAAAAUAUCAGUAAAUGAUAUCGAAUGCUUAUGUUUUAAAUAUUUUGGAGGAGGAACAUCUAACACUGAGGUGCUAGAAUAGAAACCAUAGAAAGCAAAGACUAUAGAAUUAAAUCCUGUAAAAACUGAAGAUAAAGUAGAUACACCUUCAAAGUUUUAAUACUAAUCUCCAUAUAGGAGAUGGGGAUCUUAAAAAUCAACUUAAAGUUCUUCAACUUCUAUAUAAUCUAAUAAAUAACUUGCAACAUAAUCUUGUGUUGUACCAUCUAUAACUUAAAAAGAACCUCAAAAAUAUAGUAAAUUAGCUGAAGCUAGAUUACAAGUAGCCAGAAGAAUUUUUAAAAUGCUGGAUUAAGAAAAUAAUGGAUAUAUAACAGAAAAACAUGUAAUUCCAUUGUUAGUAGAAACGUAUAAUAAUAUGGGAAUGAAGAUUGAACCAACAAAUGAAGAUGUAGAAAUGUGGAUGGAAAUGGCUGAUGAAGAUAGAGAUGGAAAAGUUUAUUUAAUUGAUUAUGAAGCUUUAGUCUUGAAAAGUCUUAGAUCUUAAGGUAUAGAAAUAGAUUGA